GAUUAAAAAGAGAGAUUUUGGAAACAAUUAUUUCAAAACUUGGGAUUGUAAAUUUGUUUUAAAAGUGUUACCCUUUUGGGAACAGUUUUUUAAACUAUCUGGCAUCAUUAGUAAUGUUGUGUUAUCACUUCACCAUAUCUAACCUCUUCUGUUUUUAUGUUUUGUUGGUAAAUUUCUGUAAAGAAAACAUUGUUUAAAAAUUAUUAAAAUAUAUGUUUACAAAUAAUAAAAACAAAAUGAAAAAACAAAUAAAAAAGAAAAGAUUUAAUCCGCCCAAAAUAUUGGCCCUCAAUGAAGAGGAGCUGAUACAACAAGUAGCCAUGCGUCCAGUAAUCUAUGAUCGUUCCUUGAAGGCAUAUCGAAAGACGUCACUACGUAAACAAUGUUGGGCACAAAUAAGUGAAGCCAUGGAUGCUUCGGUAGAAGAAUGUCGUAGACGUUGGCGCUCCUUGCGCGAUUCCUUUGCCAAGCACUAUAAACUUUAUCAGAGAAGCGAUCAACAACAACAACAACAGCAGGGAAAUAAACAUCGUAAAUGGGUAUUUUAUGAUAAAAUGCAAUUUUUAAUACCUUUUUUAGACAGUGUUAGCUAUGAUCUAGAUAAAAUAUUAGAUGAACUGGGAGAUCUUUCAGACGAUGGUCAGAGCAUAAACUGUGAACCGGUUGAUUUGAAUGCGACAAAUGCACCACUAGAGCAAAUUGAACAAUCUACAUCAAAUUCCAAAGUAGUGGAAGAGCAUGCUGAAAGUCCCAACCAUAAUACCAACAACAACAUACAACACUCUUCUGUGUCUGUACAGGCCACAGAUUUUAUGUCUAUUUCCAUGGAAACUCCCGAAGAACAUACAGUACAACUUAAUCACACGAAUGUAGAAAACAAUGUGUCACAGAGUCACAACUAUUCUAGACAACAACAACAUUGUAAUAAUCAUAAUAUCUCAACAUUUACUGCCGAAACCAAUACGGAUACUUACGGCUUAACAUUAAACUCGGAUGAAAAGUUUCUGCUAAGCUGUGCCCCCACUUUGAGGCGUCUAACGACUAGAAAAAAUGCUUUAGCCCGUCUAAAGAUACAACAAAUACUAUUUGACAUCGAAUUUCAACAAGAAAACAAUUAAAAGUAUUAUUAACCAUUGCGAUUAAUGAUAAAAAUCUUUUUAAACUUCUAUAUGUAUAUAAAUUAUCUUAUCGUACCAAUGUAUUUAGUUCAGUUAAAAAAAACACUAAACAGAAUAUUCAUUGUUUGCGAAUAUUAAUCAGUGUUUAGUGGAAAAUAAUGAUGGCAAUUAGUUGCAAUUCGGCAAAAAUCAAAUCUAAAGGGUUGGCGAUUUUGUUGGUGU